UGCCCCUCCACCCCCGUAGCCGGGGUGGUGACCCAAGCGGGCCCCGCCGCCCCCUUGCCAUUGUGACGCAGCGCGGGCCGGCCCUCGGGGGGCGCGGACGGGGGCAGAGCCCCUGGAGCCAUGGCCGAGACUCAGGAGCUGCUGCUGCAGCUGCAGAAGGACAACCGCGACGGGCGCCUGCGGAAGCAGGAGCUGGAGGAGCUUGUGCGCGGGCUGGAGGCGGAGAGCGAACUCCUGCACGGGCGCCUGCAGAACCUGCGCGAGCGCGAGCGGAGCUUGCGGCGCAGACGCGGCCAAACGGCGCGCACCCUGAGAGCCGAGGCGCGCGAGGCAGCGCGGGAGCGAGCGGAGCGAGCGCGCGCGCUGCUGGAGGCGGUGGAGCAGCGCCAGCGGAACCUGGAGCAGCACAACCGGCGGCUGCAGGAGCAGUGGGAGGAGCUGUCGAGUCAGCUCUUCUACUAUGGAAGGGAGCUGCAGAGUCCGCCACGCGAGGAGCAGCAGCUCGGGACGCAGCUGCUGGCGCUGCAGAAGCAGCUGGAAGCGGCGGAAAGCCGGCAGGCGGCGCAGGCCGAGAGCCUGCUGCAGGGCACGCGGCGGAUUGAGGAGGCCUGGGCCAACUUCCAGGAGCAGAGCGAAGUCCUGCAGGAGCUGCAGGAGAAGGUGACGAAGGCGGCGGCCGCGCUGGACGCCGCGCGGGGCAGCCAGGACCUGUGCGACCCCCGGCUCCGCCGCGGGCAGGACUGCGCCGGCUCGCUCAUGGAGGAGGUGGCCAAGGCGGACCGCGUUCUGGGCGCUGGGCGCGCUGCAGAUGCUGCUGCUGCUCCCGCUCGGCCUGCUGGUCCUGCCGCUGCUCUACCUGCUGCUGGUGAACCCCGCCACGCUGCCCCCCGGGCUCCCGCGCCUGGGCUCGGCCGCCUUCUUCCGUCGCCUGCGCUACACGCUGUCCCCACUGCUCGAGCUGCGCGCACACCGGCUGCUGCCCGCAUAGCGUCAUCACGCGGCCGCGGCCUCCCGCACCUCUGUCUCCGAGUGGUUUUUGGGUGCAGGGAGGGCGGUGGAGACGCGACGCAGGUCUGGAGAGGCAGGUGGGGAGGGGGACGGGAGGUGGAGCGCCUGGUUAAGCGCACAUAGUACUAAGUACAAGCACUCGUGCAAGUACCCGGGUUUGAGACCCUGGCUUCCCCCCUGCAGGGGGGGCGCUUCACCAGCAGGUCUGCAGGUGUCUAUUUUUUUUUUUUUUACCAGAGCACUGGUUCAGCUCUGGCUUAUGGUGGUGCGGGGGAUUGAACCUGGGACUGUGGAGUCUCAGGCGUGAGAGUCUGUUUGCAUAACCAUUAUGCUAUCAACCCCCCCCCCACGUGCUCUCUAGCUUUUUAAAAUUUUUUAUAUUUUUAUUUAUUUUGUCUCCAGGGUUAUUGCUGGGGCUUGGAGCCUGCACUACGAAUCCACUGCUCCUGGAGGCCAUUUCCCCCCCAUCUUUUUGCCCGUUAUUGUUAUUGCUGUUGUUGCAUAGGACAGAGAAAAGUUAGAGAGCCAGGGCUCCAACCAGGAUCCUUACUCCAGUCCUUGUGCUUCGUGCCAUUGUGCUUAGCCCGCUGCGCUACUGCCCAGCCCCCAUAUUUUAAUUUUUAUUUAUUAUUGGAUAAAGACGGAGAAAUUGAGAGAGGAGAGGGAAAGAUAGAGACAGACACCUGCAGUUCUGUUUUACCAUUCAUCAAGCUUUCCCUCUGCAGGUGAGGACCAGGGCCUUGAACCCAGGUCCUUGUGCACUGUAAUGUGAACACUUAACCAGGUGCGUCACUGCCUGGCUCCUCUAUAUCUCCUCAUCUCUCUUAAUUUCUCUUUGUCCUAUCCAAUAACAAAACAAAAGCAGAAAAAAUGGCCACCAGGAGCAGUGGGUUCAUAGUGCCAGCCCUAGCGAUAACCCUGAAGCAAACAAGGGAGGGUUGGCCUUGGGUGACCACAGGACAGCAACAUUGAUCAUGGCUCCCAACUGGAGCAAGACUGGGCUUCUCAAACCUGCACUCUAUGCCCAUGUCCUGGGAGACUGCUUUUCUCCGCUCCGUGCUGCCCACAGCUUCUGCUACUCUGGACCUGGUUAGUAGCUUCUUGCUAAAGCUGUGUCCUCGCUGCUGAGCCUGCACCUGCAGGCGGGUGAGAAUAGCUGGUGGCCCUUUUGCCUGACUUCAGUGCCCUGGGACCCCUGAAGAGCCCUCCUGACCUCUGGUAGGUGCAUAGCGCAGGCCUCAGGCAUUCCUACCUGACCUUUGCACAGACACUGUGCAUCUGAGCUUUAAGUUUUCUUUUUUAAAUAUUUUAAUUAUUUAUUAGUGAGAAAGAUACGAGAGAAGAGAAGGAACCAGACAUCACUCUGGCACAUGUGUUGCCAGGGAUCAAACUCAGGACCUCAUGCUUGAGAGUCCAAUACUUUAUCUACUACGCCAUCUCCCAGACUAAUUUUUCUUUUAAAUAACUACUUAUGAGAGAGGGAGAGAGAACCAGAGCAUUACUAUGUCACAUGUGAUGCUAGGGACUGAACUCAGGACCUUGUGUUUGGGAGUCCAAUGCUUGAUCCACUACCACCUCCUGGACUGCUUGUUUUUGUGGCACUGGGGAGUCUUAACGCAUGCAAGACACCACUGAAUGACUUCUGUGGCCCAAUUUUCUUUCUGAGAAAAAAAAGAUGAGAUGGACACUGCUCUGCUCUACCAUUCAUGGAGCUACCCUGGUGCUGUUUAUAGUGCUGCUAUGUGAUUCUGGAGCCUGGAACCCAGGCUAUCACACAUAUGAAAACAUUAGCUCUGCUGGGUGAGCUGUUUACUGACCCCUCCGUAUACAUUUUAGAUUUGAUCUAUGAAUUUCCAGAAACUUUUGAGAUUUUAUUUAUGAUCCUAAUCUUUUUAAAAAAAUUUUAUUUAUUCCCUUUUGUUGCCCUUAUUGUUUUAUUGUUGUAGUCAUUAUUGUUG